CCAAGAGCGUCAAACUAGAGCAAAUUUCACGGCUAAGAGAGUGACGCAAAACUUAUAUUGACGUGAUCCGCUUUUUUUUUUUAAAUUCUGCGUAGCUUUGAAGUGUCUUUUUGCCCAAACUGGUUAGUGUACGAACCCUACCUUAUACGCGCGAAUCUUUUCCCGAUCACAGGCGGACAACAUUUUAUUUUCAUCGCUCCGAUUGCACGAUCGUGCGAAGAUACUGUUGGAUAAAACUUACUUUUACUUACAUUUGAAGAGCUUAAUCAGCGACAUGUUAAUCGUCAUGUCAAUUGUGUUUUUGUUUGCGCUCGACGUUGUAGACACACGACCCCAUUAAUUACAAAUGCAUUUACUCACUGAGGUACUCUGCGAACAGGCUCAGCUGAUAAAAUGGCGGUAGCAUUUGAUGGUUACGGUUUAUCCAUAACUUCUGAAGUCUUCCCUCCGUCUUUGACUCAAAUUGAAGGAGGUGAUUUGUCAAAUUUGACCUUUCACUUGAAUUAUAAUGGAACAAAGAUUGGUGCAUUACACGAGAACUCGUCUGCUUGUCAUGAGCUGAAAAACAGCUCAUUGUUCGUGAAUCUGGUUAUUACUUUGCCAAUUGUGUUUGACAUUGUAAGCCACUCAAAUCAAAGCAGUCAAACCGGGAUUGUCACUUCAAACAUAUCAAAUUGUUCGUUUGUGCCAUUGUUAAAGAUAAACUCCAGCUCUUCAGUUGUUUCUGACCACAUGCUAGGAAUCAAGGCUCUAAAUUUUCACAUCUUCUCACAAAAUUUUAGUUGGACAGCAACCCUGAAUGUCAGACUUAAAUUGCUUCCUUCAGCCAGAGCUGAUAGUUUAUUAAACAUAACUGCAAAUGUCACAAUUUCAAAUAAAACUAUGGAAGAUGACAUUAGCAUAGCAUCAUACAGAACUGCAGUUCCUGGUAAUCUGCAGUUUGAAUUGAAGAGCACAUCAAUUCCAGAGACACCUGGCCCAACUUUAACUUCAGAGGAGGAAAUAACGUUAUUUGCGAGCUUUCACAUUCCAAGGAUAACAGCAAAUGUAAAACUUCAGGUACUGCUGCCUGUCUUCAGAAACUCAACACCUAUGAAAUUUGUAAGUGGAUCAGUGGUUGAUUUAUCAGAAGGAGUGAAACCAAAGUUGCUAAUGGAAGGAUCAGGACCCAGAUUCAUUGUGAGUCCUUCAACAGCUCAUCUGUUUCCGCUGACUCAAAAUGUGGUUGAGUUUGCAUUUGGAGAUACAGUGAACAAAGGGAAUGAAUCAUUUAAUGGAACCAUAACAGUGGAAGUUACUGGUGCAGUGGACUCAUCCCGUGGUGUUUAUAUACCAGAAAGUUUUGGAAAUGUCACUUGCAUUCUUAUGUAUGAUUCACCAAGAGGCUCCUAUUUAACAGCCAACAAAACUUUGAUUACUCUGAAGCUUGGGCAGCCACUACUUGAGUUUCAUUUGGAAGCAGAUAACUCUGAUUGUUGUUAUGAAGGUAAAGACAUGGUCGACAUCAAAUAUGAAGUCAAGAAUCCUGACUUUUCAACUGCUCCUGCAUGGAAUUUGACUUUAAACAUUUCAGUGCUGUCAGCUGACAUAGAAUUGCACAAUUUUUCUGCCUUUUUGUGUGGGAAUACCUCAAUUUUCAACAUGACUUCUAAUCAAAGUGUUGCUGGGACCAAAUGCCAUGACCUAUAUGGAACACAUAUGUUAACAAAAGCUAAUGCUGGACUUCAAGUGAAGCUAACAAGGUUGAAUGCAUCUUCAUGGGUGUAUGGUCAUCUACAUAAUUAUGUGAAUUCAUCAGUGGCAGCAGGAAGUUUCCAUGACAACAACUUAACUCUGGAAUACACUCGCAAAGGCUGGUUGCCAAUUGGAGAUGUUGACACAGAGACAAUAGGGAUCAAAAAUGUCACAGCACUGACUCCCUCUGUUCUUAGUAGUGAUGUGCCUGAUCCGAUAGGUGACCCAAAGGAUGUUACUAUUGGAGAAGACAUGGUUUUGCAAGCAAUUGUUCAGAUCCCUGUGUCUACAAAUCCAGGUUUUUUCUUAAAACUCUUUGGGAGUGGUUUUGAAGCAGUAGAUGGGCAGAUCACCACGGUUGGCAGAAAUAUAAAAUCACUUGAACAACAGAUUGAUGCAGCUUAUAAUCUCAGUGUCUCUGGAUCUACUGUAAGUAGCAAUUUAGGAACUGUUGUGAAUGUUGGAGACAAUGCCCAGUUGUUGGCAAGUACAAUUACCUAUACUGCAACCAUGAGGGUUGCUGAUGUUGUGCAGAACAUAAAUGGCAAAAGACUAGCAAUUGUAUCUGAUACAAUCGUCAAUGGACAACCCCAAGUUCCCAGUUCAUUGACAUUAAAGGUUGUCCUACCUGAUUUAUCUGUCACUGUCACUGUAAAUAAGAUAUCUGGCGUUGACCCAAAUGAUGAUCUUACAUUCACCGUCAAGCUGAGCCAUUCUAAACACUCAGCAUCACAUGCAUAUCGGGUGCUUCUGGAGAUUGCUGCAUCUGAUGAGUACUUUGAAAAUGUUCAAGAGGUUGGCUCUCCAGAUGUAGGUGUUUUGUCUGUGGUUGCUGGCAACAAUGCCCCAAGUGGAAAUCCAAGGUAUAAUAAUACGAAUACAAAAGUCAUUCUUUAUGAAGUGACCACUGGCCUGCUCCUUGGUAAGAGCGUCUCCUUUCAGUACAAGGCUACAACUGUUGGUAACCUUCAGCCCAGCAUAUACAUCUCUUCCCCAGUCUUCCUCUCCUAUGCAACACUGCCGCCCAGUUUGUCACCUCGAGAAGGGAGAAAGUUUGAACAUAACUCUGAUCAGGCUUCUUUUCUCACUUUCCGCCCUCUUCCAUAUGUAACAGUUAGCUUCCAGGCUCCCGCCAAUGGUUCGUUUGAUGCCGGUGACAGAGUAGAAUAUGAACUGAUCCUAAACAACAUUGAUUCAACAAUAUCAGCGUAUUCACUGUCUGUAAUAGUAUCCUUUGAGACUGUCGACACCAACAGUCUCAACACAUCUUGCAGUGGAGCAUCCGCUGCAAGUACGAGUCUCGACUCCAAGCUCGCAUCAGCCCAAAGCAGUUGA